CCCCCCCUUCUCUUUUCUGAUGAUCACCAGUUUCUGCCCAGUUGUCUUUCCCACCCCUCUCUGCCAACAGGAUUCCCUGACUCUGGGGAAAAAAAACCCCGGAAUCUUCUUCUUCUACCUGCAAAGCAACUUUCUUUUAUCUUCAAAGGUCCAUUCGGGAGCCAACUUUUUCCUUCUGGCUUUGUCUUUUUCCAAACUUUUUUUAAAAACCCUUUGGAUUCUCAUCUUUUGAACUUUCCACACUCUGGCCUGUCCCACCUUCGUUUUUUCUCUCCCACCCUUCCUGGGCUGAGCCCGCAGCCAUCCUGUUCUCUACCUUUCUUGUGUGGCUGGCAGUUUAGACUCACCCCCCCCCCCCCUAGUUGCUUCGCCCAUCCUUCCCUUCCUCUCUCCGCCAGCUGCAACAGCUCCCUCCUCUUUGUCCAAAACUGUCAGGAUGUGGCCUGAAACCCUUUGCCUUCUGGAUCAGGGCUGGUCUUGCUCACUAUGAGAAAACUAGAUUGGGCUCGGAUGCUGCUGGCGGCUGUUUCAUUCAGACAAAAUGCUGAGUCCCACCUACAAGCAACGCAACGAAGACUUCCGCAGGAUCUUCAAAGGGCUGCCUGAAGCUGAGCGUCUUCUUGUAGAUUACUCCUGUGCGUUGCAGCGUGACAUCCUCCUUCAAGGACGGCUUUAUCUAUCGGAGAACUGGAUCUGCUUCUACAGCAACAUUUUUCGAUGGGAGACCACGAUCUCCAUCCAGCUGAAGGAGGUGAUAUGCAUCAAGAAGGAAAAAACCGCCAAGCUGAUCCCCAACGCAAUUCAGAUUUGCACAGAGACCGAGAAGCAUUUCUUCACAUCUUUUGGUGCCCGUGACCGAUGCUUCAUGCUCAUCUUUCGCCUUUGGCAGAAUGCACUUCUGGAUAAGACUUUGCCCCCGCGAGAACUCUGGCACAUUGUUCACCAAUGCUACGGUUCUGAACUUGGCUUGACCAGUGAAGAUGAUGAUUACGUUUCUCCCAUUGAUGACCUCAAUGGCUUGGGAAGCCAGAAAGAAAUUGGAGAUGAUAUUGACCUGACAGAGCUGACAUCCCGCUGCAACACUGAACUCAAACUGGACACCAGUCCCUUGCUGGACAAAAGGGACACCAGUCACAGCAUCAAUUCACUGGCCAGUAGCAGCGAUGGGACCACAUCGGUGAGGACAGGAGAUUCAGAAGACAGCUGGAAUGUUAUGAAGCUGGCGGAAGAUCUGGAGGACAACACUGACAGCCAAAUGGAUGCUUCAUCCAGCCACACAGUGACCUCAGCCACAGACCCCCCUCUGGAAGAUUUGGUGCAAGGGUCUGUUGCUGUGUCCCCCCCGGAGGGGGACCUGCCUCCCAGCGAAGAGCUCCCCACCGACAUGAGCAAUUCCUCCUCUUCCACGCAAGACGAAGCUGAGGUGGAAGCCUUCUUCACAGACUUGCCAGGGCGGCUCCUGAUCAACGCCGUGUAUCACGUUGGAGCUGAGAGGCUGCAGCAGAUGCUCUUCAGCGACUCCCAGUUCAUACACAGCUUUCUGGACCAACGCAAAUUCACAGAUGUUACGCUGAGUUCAUGGAGUGGAGACAGCAAGUGUCAUCAAAGCCGUGUCAUCACCUACACUAUCCCCAUCAGUAACCCUUUGGGACCCAAGGCUGCACCUGUGGUGGAGACUCAGACUCUUUUCCGUGCCAGUUCCAAGAAUGGAGGCUGCGUGGUGGACUCCGAGGUGGUCACUCAGGGCAUCCCUUACCAGGAUUACUUCUACACUGUGCAUCGGUAUUGCAUCACCACCGUAGCCAAAAGCAAAGCCAGGCUCAGAGUCUCCUCCGAAAUUCGAUAUCGGAAACAGCCCUGGUCCCUUGUGAAGACUUUCAUUGAAAAGAAUGCAUGGAGUGGGGUUGAGGAAUAUUUCCAGCACUUGGAACUGGCACUGGUGCAAGCAGAAAAGGCUCUGCUAGAGGAGAGCUGCCAUGGCAAAGAGCCCCGAGGCCUCCUGUCUGGAUUGCGUCGCAGGAAACGGACCCUGAGCUGGAGAGCUCCUCAUGUCGAAGCCCCAAUACCCACGCUGCCCGAUAGCGAAGGGGCAUCACGUGCUGUUCGCCCUUCAGGCAGCCUGACCUCCCGUCUUUCGGAACAACUAUUGGAGCCAGGACAGGGACAAACCGUCUCCACCGUGAUCCUCGUCAUCAGUCUGGUUCUUUUAGUUCUGGUCGUCCUCAACAUGAUGCUGUUCUACCGGCUGUGGUCUCUGGAGCACACAGCCCGGACUGUGGAGUCAUGGCAAGCGUAUGCGCUCUCCAAUGGGAAGCUUCCACAAACGGCCUCGGAAUGGGCAGAGAUUUUGGAGCUGCAGAAACAGUUCCAUAGUGUGGAGGUGCAAAAAUGGAAGCAGAUCCUGAAGGCAUCAGUGGAACUUCUGGAUGAGAUGAAGCUCUCCCUCGAGAAGCUGCAGCAAGGCAUCAUGGUGGCAGAACCCCCGUUGGAACCGGAGUGAAGCAACAACAUCUUCUUCUUCUCUCUCUCUCUCCCUUUUGGGGGAGGUUGCCGAGUUACCAGAAAGAAGACUCCUGAGAUCCAUCUCAGAAACUGUCGAACCAGUGGCGUGGGCACCCUGUGGGAGGAGACAGCACCAGGCUCCCCGCCAGAUCCAUCACCUUGGACGUUAUCCCCAAGAGGGCCACCGGGAGCGAUGGAUCUCUUGGUUUUUGCCGGGAACGUCUCUCUCUCUCUCGGCUCAUUCCUCCUUUAUCCCUUUUCCCACUUCAGUGCUAUUUAUAUCGCACCCAGGUUUCCCCUUCCCUUGAUUUUCCUGUAUUCUGGCACUGGUUAUUUUUCCCCCCAGCUAUUGUUUGGGGGAGGAAGGAGGGUGGAAGUCAGCUUUGGGGAGGGGGAUGGCCUCUGGAGCCGGGAUCUCUCUUUUGCCCUGAAACUUCACUCAGCAGCUAAGAUACCCUGAUGGAGGACAGCAAAGAACCAACUUCUGCCAUUCUCUUUUCUCUCUCUGUCUCUCUUUUAACGCACAAGCGAUGAUGAACUGAUGGCGGGGCAAAAGCAUUCCGGAGGCUCCAGAGGACUUUUCAUUUCUUCUUCAGCUUUCUUCCCUGCUGCCCUGUUUUUCCUACCGUUCAGUGGGUCGAUUGUCAAUGUUGUGAAAAAGGGAUUUUCCCAACCGAUUACCUCCAAAAGGGUAAAGGCUCUUCAGCCCCACAUUUUCAGGCCCAGAAAAAGCAGGAGGGGGGGGGGGGCUGGACUGCAGUAUCUUCUUGCUGAUGGGGCAUC